AUGUCCACUGUGUUACAGCCACACUGCUCUAAAUCACUCUUUCACACGGAGAGACAGAGAAAGAGAGGUGGAGAUUGGAGGAGAGAAGGAACGACGGAGACGGAGAGGAAUGGGGAGGGUCUUACAAUCAGGAUGGUGUAAGGACAGGGGCGAGAGACUGGCCAGGAGAGAGAGAGAAAGCUAAACCUGAACCUGAACCUGCCAGUCUCCAGAGCCAGACAGACCACUCUCUCUGACCAAGCUAGAACGUUCCAACCAGAGGAGAACAAUGGCCUUCCUACCCCCUCACUGUACCCCCCUCUUGGGCUUGUGGCUGGCUCUGUGUAUCCUGCUGGUCCGGGAGGUCCAUGGAGAAGACCCUACUAGUCAUCAGAUUGGCGGUGGUGGCGGGGGCUCCCAGUGUGGGGACUACAGUAACCAGGUGAUGGAGGAUGGGAUGUGCCGUCUGGUGGCCACCCUGCCCCAGACCGAGGACCAGCGCUGUCCAGACAUGUUCCGUUGCACAGACGAAGUCUCCUAUUGGCUGCAUGAGAACGAGGAGAGGAAACAGCAGAUUCUGUCACUGAGGGAGACCAUCUCAGAGCUUCAGGAGGAGCUGAGGAACCACAGGCACCGCGUCAAGGUUCUGGAGCUGCAGAGCGAGGAGAAGACCCGUAUUAACUCAUCCUUGGAGCAUCGUUUCCAUGAAUUGGAGACGCACUAUGCCGAGGCCACCACACUAGUGCACUUACAAGGGACCCUCAUCUACGACCUUCAGGCCCAGAUCCAUAACCUGUCUCGGCUGGUAGAGAGCGUACGGAGGAACCCUGGCUGUAUGAUCAACAUUGUCGGUACCAGCCCUCAGAUGAGUUCAGAGGAGGCCCUGCAUCCAGAGGUGCAGCAUGUGAGGAACUGUCCUAUAGAUUGUGCGUCUAUCUACUAUAACGGUGUGAGGCGCUCUGGUCUGUACACGGUGGUGCCUUCACUGGGGGUCAUGCCUGUCGAAGUGUACUGUGACAUGGAGACAGAGGGUGGUGGCUGGACGAUGCUCCAGCGGCGUGUGGAUGGCUCCGUGACCUUUGACCGGAGCUGGAGGGAGUAUAAGGACGGGUUUGGUGAUUUGCAUUCUGAGUUCUGGCUGGGUAAUGACCAUAUCCAUGACCUGACCAGCCAGGGAGACUAUAGCCUCAGGAUCGACCUGGAGGACUGGAGCAACAAGCACAAACACGCCCUCUACCAGAGCUUCAGUGUGGAUGGGGAGGACAGCCAGUACUGUCUCCAUGUGUCAGGGUUCAGUGGGACGACGGAGGACUCAUUCAGCUGGUACCAUGACAAGCAGGGCUUCAGCACCCCCGACACGGGCAACAUCUGUGCUGAGAUAUCCCACGGAGGCUGGUGGUACAACCAGUGUUUCUACGCCAACCUCAACGGAGUCUACUACAGAGGAGGCCGGUAUUCCCCCAAGGGGAAGAACCCUCUAGGACCAGACGGAAUCGUGUGGUAUUCCUGGAAGGACUCAGACUACUACUCUCUAAGGAAAGUCAGUAUGAUGAUCCGCCCACGUACCUUCCGCCCACGCAUGUCGCCCUGAGGAACCACCGCAUCCAUGACAACCACCCCGAUGACGGUCAGGCUCGUCUGAUCUGAUGACAUCACCACGGACGUACAUGCUCCACACUUUUACAGUGAAAUGUGCUGUAACCUUACUCACUGGUCUGGACAAGGAGUGAGAUGGAUUUUCAAUGUGUGCACAUAUUUUUGAAUGUGUGUGGACAUAUUUUUGCAUAAUGUUUAAAUUUGCAUAUGUGGCCAUGCCACCAAUAAGCCUAAAGUUCAGUGAAACAGCAACAGACUGACAGGCACAGGAGGCUGGUGAGGCGAGGACGGCUCAUAAUAAUGUCUGGAAUGGAGUGAAUGGAAUAGUAUCAAACACAUGGAAACCACAUGUUUGAUAUCAUUCAAUUUAUUCCGUUCCAACCAUUACUGAGUCCAUCCUCCCAAAUUAAGGUGCAACCAGCCACCUGUGCCAGUGAGAAGCUCAGUCCUGGAUACUGUGGGAUGUUAUACUAAAGUCUUCUGACCAAUACAGACACAACAACAGAUAUUGUCCAGUAAACUCUGAGAAACAAGUAUUGAAUGGAAGGGGUGGCACACGUCAAGUAGUCCUUUGUGUGUGUUGACCUGUCUAGAAGAUGGCUGGAGUUACAUAGAUUCCACAGUCCUGUACUAUAAUAACAUGACUGUGCCAAACUAACAGCCUAUUGCUGGAGGGAGGAAGGGGAACUUCCCUCCUAUAGAUCCACAGUCAGGUGGACAAUAUACUAUACAAUACAUAACAUGCUAUAUAUUAUACCAUACAUAAUAUAUAGAAGAGAAAAGACCCCGUUUAAACGGCAAUGUGUGUUAGUGUGAAGACUAAGGGCUGAAUCCCAACUAGAAAAACACAAAACUCAGAUUCAUGUAAAUAUAACGUUCUUACAUUUUAGCAGAUGCUCUUAACCAGACUGACUUAAAGUCUUCCCUGUGGCUCAGCUGGUAGAGCAUGGUGUUUGCAACGCCAGCAUGGUGUGUGUAACGCCAGGGUUGUGGGUUCGAUUCCCACGGGGGGCCCAAUUUUUUUUUAAAUGCAUGAAAUGUAUGCAUUCACUACUGUAAGUCGCUCUGGAUAAGAGCGUCUGCUAAAUGACUAAAAUGUUAAAUGUUAAAGGAGCAAUUAGGGUUAAGUACCUUGCUCAUGGGCACAGACAGAUUUUUCACCAAGUCGGCUUGGGGAUUCAAACCAGCGAACUUUCGGUUAUAUGCCCAACACUAUUAACCACUAGGCUAACUGCCGCAGUUCUUAAACGGCAGUUAGCGUUCAGACACAAGGAAGUGUGGGUGUUUAUGGCCUUGUGUGCACAAUGAGAUAUUUAACUAUUUGUGUGUGUAGAGUGAGAUACACUACAUGACCAAAGGUAUGUGGACACCUACUUGUCGAACAUCUCAUUCCAAAAUCAUGGGCAUUAACAUGGGAGUUGGUCCCCCCUUUGCUGCUAUAACAGUCUACACUCUUCUGGGAAGGCUUUCCACUAGAUGUUGGAACAUUGCUGCAGGGAUUUGCUUCCAUUCAGCAUCAAGAGCAUUAGUGAGGAGUGGCACUGG